AGUCUAUGUAGGCCUAUACCAAAUACAACUAAAUUAUUUUAGUUAGUUAAUUUACCAUUUAGCGCCUUCUAAUUAAUGCACCAACCUUCGCGAUAUUAAGCCCGUCUCCCCCCUGCGCUCUAGUUCCUCAGUCAAUCACGCACUAUCACGCCCAUCGCAAAAUAGCCCUCUGGCAUCGACUGAUGAGAGAGCGCCACAGCAGCACCGCGACAGAGUAGGGAUCGGCACUGCCCACAUGAAAGUGCCAUGCAUUUUAUUAUGCAGUGUGCUUGGCGCAUCUGUGACUACUUUUAUGACUCCCAACCUUUUUCUGGUCAAUGUAAAUACUAUGGACUAUUCGAAUUGGUGACUGGAGCUAACUAACUUAGCAUGAGUGACUUGUGCAGCCUGCCAGAAGUCCUGAAAUAGCCCAAGGACCAGCAACCUUUGUUCCUGCCUUUCCCCUUCCUUCUUUCUCGCACAGUGCGAUACGCAAGGCGUUGUUUCAUGAGUUAAACCAGGCGAAAGGCAGUUAGAAUAGGGGUGAAGGCCCGGAAUACCACAGGUCUCGUCGCCGGCUUCCGGGGAUUCGGGACGGCAUCAGACAACUGCAGACGUCGCUCUUGGGAAGGGCGAGCAUCAACAUUGAGGAAUAAUCUGGAUAGUCUCUUCUGAAGCAAACGUGGGGAGAUGUCUAGGAAAGUCCAAAGAAGCGAAGUAUGUGCGGACUGCAGUGCGCCAGACCCGGGCUGGACGAGCAUCAACAGGGGGGUGCUGAUCUGCGAUGAGUGCUGCUCUGUGCACCGCAGCCUGGGCCGACACAUCUCCAUUGUCAAGCACCUGCGGCACAGCGGCUGGCCCCCUGCACUGCUGCAGAUGGUGCAGACCCUGGCCAGUAAUGGCGCCAACUCCAUCUGGGAGCACUCCCUACUGGACCCUGCUCAGGUGCAGAGCGGCCGCCGGAAACCCAACCCUCAAGACAAAGUCCAUCCCACCAAGUCAGAGUUCAUUCGCGCCAAGUACCAGAUGCUGGCCUUCGUCCACAAGCUGCCCUGUCGUGACGACGACGGCGUCACCACCAAGGACCUCAGCAAGCAACUGCACUCCAGUGUGAGGACGGGCAGCUUGGAGACGUGUCUUCGACUGCUGUCUCUCGGGGCUCAGGCCAACUUCUUCCACCCGGAGAAGGGCACCACCCCUCUGCAUGUGGCUGCCAAGGCAGGCCAGGUGCUGCAGGCAGAGCUGCUGGUGGUGUACGGAGCCGACCCCGGGGCCCCAGACAUCAACGGCCGCACGCCUAUCGACUACGCCAGGCAAGCGGGUCAGGUGGAACUUGCCGAGCGGCUGGUGGAGUGUCAGUACGAGCUAACAGACAGACUGGCCUUCUACCUGUGCGGCCGACGCCCAGAUCACAAGAAUGGCCAUUACAUCAUCCCACAGAUGGCUGACAGAGCUCGCCCUAAGUGCCCGACGCAGAGCUUGGACCUCUCUGAACUGGCCAAGGCAGCCAAGAAGAAGCUACAAGCGCUGAGUAACCGGUUGUUUGAGGAGCUGGCCAUGGAUGUGUACGAUGAGGUGGACCGACGGGAGAAUGACGCUGUGUGGCUGACGACCCAGAACCACAGUACGCUGGUGACAGAGCGCAGUGCCGUCCCCUUCCUGCCCGUCAACCCCGAGUACUCCGCCACGCGCAACCAGGGUCGACAGAAGUUGGCGCGCUUCAACGCCCGUGAGUUUGCCACGCUCAUCAUCGACAUCCUGAGCGACGCCAAGAGGAGGCAACAAGGCAAAGGCCUGAGCAGCCCCACCGAGGCGUUAGAUCUGAGCCAGGACGAUGACCAGCAUGACUACGACAGCGUAGCGUCAGACGAGGACACGGACAGCGAACUGGCCACACAGAACAACAGCAACACGCAACGCAACAACCGCGCCAAGAGCAUGGACUCGUCGGACCUGUCUGACGGCCCCAUCACGCUGCAGGAGUACCUGGAGGUGAAGAAGGCGCUGGCCUCCUCUGAAGCCAAGGUUCAGCAGCUCAUGAAGGUCAACAACAACCUCAGCGAAGAGCUCCGGCGACUACAGAAGGAGAUCACGCGGAUGCAGACGGAGAACAGCGCGUUACGGGGGGGUCAGGCCGGCGGGACGGCCAUGCCAGGAGCCGGGGGCGGCGGCGCGGGGCUCUGGCCAGGGGGGGUCAUGAGACCGAUGACCGCGGGUGGGGGCAUUACAAGUUCGCUAGGGGGGAUGGGCAUAGCGGGUGGUGGUGGUGGGGUGGGAUUCGGGGUACUGGGGCCCAGCGGAGAGGCUGCCGGUCUGGGCACGCCGCCCAGCUCGGCGCCCCCCAUCCCUACGGGCAGCUCCAGUACGACGGGCGGCAUCGCGCUCCGCAGGGACCGGCAGGCCUUCUCCAUGUACGAGCCCGGCGCCGCCACUCCCGCACGCCUGCAGCCCCUACACCCCUCCAGCCAGGUCCGAAAAGGUGGGCCAUCAGGUCCAAGUCCUUACGGAGGCCAGCACCUCUCGGCCUCCACUGAGGUGGGCAGGUACAUGGUCCCCAAAUCAGACAAGCACGGCAGCGGCACAGACAGCGACUACGACAACACCCAGACGUACGAUGUCUCAUUAGGAGCGGGCCGCAGCAGUGAAGAGGACAGCCGUGCGGAGAUGGAGGAGGGCGAGGGGGUGGAGCCCGACCCCACGCUGCCCUGCACGGAGGACGUCAUCCUCAAGACCGAGCAGGUCACCAAGAACAUCCAGGAGCUGCUUCGCGCCGCACAGGAGUUCAAGCACGACAGUUUUGUCCCAUGUUCUGAGAAGAUCCAUACAGCGGUCACAGAAAUGGCUUCCCUCUUCCCAAAGCGUCCUGCCCUGGACGCGGUGCGUGGCUCGCUGCGCCUGCUGCUGGCCAGCGCGUCGCGGCUGCAGGUGGAGUGCCGCAAGGCUGCGCCCUCGGACCCUAGCACGGUGACCGUGGACUACCAGCUCCUCACGCAGCAGGUCAUCCAGUGUGCCUACGACAUCGCCAAGGCCGCCAAGCAGCUGGUCACCAUCACCACCCGAGAGAAGAAGCAGUGAGGGCCACCAGUCCCCCCGCCCGCCC